CGCCCCCUCGCCUUCCCCCUGGCGGACUACCUGCGCUCCGUGCUGCCGGCCCCCAGCGGGGAGGGCGCGGUGCCCGCCUCCUGCCUGCGACUGGCGCCGCGGGAGGAGGCGGGGCUGCCGGGGGAUGUGCGAGCGACCCUGCGCGACAUGCGGCAGCAGGUGAUAUCGUACAUCGAGGAGCUGCGGCGGCUGGGUCUGGCUGAGGGCUGCGAGGAGGCCACUCUGUGGUGGGCCUUCGACAUGGUCAUUUCACGGGCCUUCGCAGUUACGGCAACCCUGCCACCCGCAACCUCCUCCUCCUCCUCCUCUUCGCCAUCCUCCUCUCCAUCCCCGGCCGCCGUCCCCCUGGCGCUCUACCUGCCCUGGGCCUGCCUGCUAAACCACAGCAGCACCCCCAACGCAGUCUUCACAGCCGUCCUCAGCCCGCCCACCCCAGCCCCUGUGCUGCAGGCAGCCCCCCAACGCGCCACACCACCAACUGCCCCGGUCCCAGCCUCAGCCCUAACCCCGAAGCCGCCCCGGGCCCUCAGUGAGUUCCAAGUGACUCCACGCCUCAGGUACGCCUCCCCACCCAUACAGCCUGGCGCUGAGAUCUGCAUCAGCUACGGGGACGGACUGGACAAUGUACGGCUGCUGCUCAAGUACGGCUUCUGUACGGCGGGGAACCCGAAUGACCGGCUGCCGUUGCCGCCCGGAGCCGCGGCGGUGGCGGCGCGGUUAGAUCGACGGGUGUUGUGCAGCGCUGCGGAGAAGCUGGCUGAGCGGCGCAUGCAUGGCCCGGCUGGGAUGCCGGGAGCAGCCUGCGAGGAGGAGAAGGAAACAACCCAGCCCCAGGGAACUACAGCCGCUGCAGGCAAAAUUGGCAGUCAGGUGGAGCGCGAACAGCACAGGGCCCGGGUGUAUGCGGCGCUCGCAACACUGCUGGAAGCAACUGAUACAUCGCCACCUGGCAACACCCACCAUUGUGGUUCUACCUCUAGGGGAGCUGCAACUGUGUCGACGUUAGGUAGCCCAACCCAACUCUUUGCUUGGGCGCGGGCCAGCGCCAUUCUUCACGCUAAAGAA